UGUUUGGCAGGUCAAUGUUUCAUUUGUUAUUGUUAAUAACAAGCAGCUAAGUUGUUGUGGAAUGGGGAAAUCACAAUCUUUUUGGAAAUAAAUAUGGUAAGUUUGGGCCAUUAUUAGUCUUUGCUCAAGUCCCUUGUUGGCAUGCUGAAAAUUGCUAUUAAUGCCAGGUGGUGGUUGCACAUGAUGAGUUUUAAGUUGAGAAGUUUAGGUAGUUUUACAACAAAAGCCCAUCUACACAUACAUGGAAGUUAAAAUGAGAACAUUCCUCAGUCUUACUACAUUAACUGAUUUGCGACCUACAGCCUCUGUGGGCUAGGUCAUAAAAGAGGCAGAACUUUUUUUUAGUUCCAGGAUUCAGCUUUGUAAUCUCCUUAUAGUAUUGAGGCUCAAGCUUCUGAUGUAUAAAGAUAUUUGAGAUACUGUGACAAGUGAAAGGGCUGAUACGUGAAUUCAGUGCUUUUGGUGACCCUUAGAGCUAUCUAAAAUUGCAGUGUUGAAUAUUAUAGAUGUUUACUUUUUCACUCCUGAAAUAAGCAGUAAAAUAGGUUAAGCCAAUGGAAGACCUAACAUACCGUUUUUAACUGGGGGAAAAAAAUGGGUGGAAGGCAGAGAAAAGACCAAAAAUUCAACUGCCACCAGUGUUGUCCUAACUUGGAGGUUGAAAAAAAUAAGAAAGGGACAGGUCAUAAAAAUUACUUGUCCUUAGUCUAAAUUAGAGCUUAUUUAGUCAUGGUUUAUUGAAUAAGCCAGAAUUGGCUUGAUUUGCAAAACACAUUCAAACUAUGAUUUACACACCACUGUAGCUCACAAAACAUACUAAAAUGCUAAUAAAACAAUUACAGCUUACUAACAUAAUGUGAACCAGAUCAGCAUCUUCUAAUGUCUGUAUCUUGAAAUGCUGCUGAAAGUACAAAUACAGUUGCUGCCUGAGUACCUGCACCAUUACCUCCUGGUACAGUUAUGUAGGUCUCCCUCUUAGGAGGUAAGUGAGCCUAGUUGUUUCUCAAUGAUACCUUUGAGAUUCUUGCAUUGCUCAAGCCCAGCUUCUCACAAGGCAUUUGAUAUGAUAACUAAUUCCUUACUGCUCUGGGCAGUGGGCCAAGGUUAUUCUUGGUGGCUCCAUAUGACCAAGUACCCUUGAGUUGGAGAAAAGAUAGCUGUUGGGAUCCUGAUACUUCUGAUAUCCCUGGUCCUUGGGGCACCAAUAAUUGACAGCUAAAGGCAGGAUGCUGGAGAGAGCAUGUACUUGCUUUGGACUCCAGCGUAUUGGUAAAUAACUGCUGACUCCACCCAAGAUAACCUGCCAGAUUUUCAGAUCAAUGCCUGGUAUGCAUAUAACAUUAAGCUAAAUUGGCUCCCACAAUUUCCUUUUUUGGCCAAUUUUAUAGCAUCCCAGUAAUGCAGGAGCUAGCUGGUUGCUUCACUGGCCCAUCAUAUAAUAUGGGAAGAACCUCAUUUGCCAUCAAGGAAAUCAGGUUUAAAAUGCUAGUAGCUAGGGUGACUAUUCUCUGUACAGUGUGUCAAGGAUGUACUUUGGCUUGGACUUUCUCAGGAGUACGUUGCCAGAUUGGAUCUGAACCCCAGAAAGGAGGCAGCACAAAAGAGGAUUCCUUAAUGUAUAGAAUGAAUUUGAUCAAUACUGAGUAGCUUUUACCCAAAUGGCAUUAAAGGGAAGAUUCUCAAGAGUGGUGGAGAUGGUUCCCAAGCAAAUUUAAGCCUUGGCACUUUUGUGGGCAAAGGUGGGGGAGAGAGAAUGAGAACAAAUUUGUACAACUUAGUACCAAGACUAGCAACACCUAGGUGACCUUGGUUGAUCUCAGAAUGCAAAGCAAGGUCAGACCUGGUUAGUACUUGGAUGGGAGAUUAUUAGAAAAUCUCAGGAUUGUAGGUUUAGACUGAGAUUUGAAAAAAAAAUCAUCCUGGAAGAAGGCAGUGGUCAACCACUUCCAUGCUGCAGCUUAGAAAGUGUACUGGACAUGUCCACAAAGUCACCACGAGUCAAAUGUUUGCCUUAUCCACAAAUACAGGGUGGCUUCUCUGACUUUAGCUCUUUCUUUCUCAUAACAGACACAUUCUGGCUUGAAAAUCCUCAUUUUGAGAUGGAGCAUGAAGAUCCCAGCAUUGCAGAGAUCCAUGGCUCAGAUAAUGGUGGGACCAUAAGGAGAGUCUACAUAGUCAACCCCAGGCAGUGUGGACUGUAGCUAGACAUGAUGGAAAUGACCGUGAGAUCCAACAGUAUCUGAAGGGCCAGAAAUUCCCCACUCCUAAUACCCAACCCUGUGCAGAAGAGGCAAUAGGUUCUUUUUGUAAGCCCCAGAGGUACAUUCUUCUGGCAUUUAAAUCUGAGCCUUUGGUUCUUGAUCCUUUGCACUGAACAAAGGGCUUCUCUUCUCUAACAGCCGACAGAGGUGUGGUGCGCAAGAGUGAGGACGAUUUGAAGCCUGAGGCCAUCCAGCCUGCUAUGCAGCACAGACAACCCACCUGGAAGGCAAGUUCACAGCAGGAAGGCUCUCCCAUAGAACGGCAGGGGAAUCUGUUAGCCCCAGGCAAUUAUGGCGAGGGUGACGUGGCUGUAGCAACCAACGUGGUCUCCCGCUCCAGCAAGCAGCGCCCCUUUAUUUGUAAUGAGUGUGGCAAGAGUUUCAGCCACUGGUCGAAACUGCUACGGCAUCAGCGCACACACACUGGCGAGCGCCCCAGCACUUGCACUGACUGUGGCAAGAGCUUCUCACAGAACUCACACCUAGUGCAGCACCGGCGCACCCACACCGGCGAGAAGCCUUACGUCUGCCGUGACUGCGGCAAGAGCUUCAGCUGGAGUUCCAACUUGAUCCAGCACCAGCGCAUCCAUACUGGUGAGCGCCCUUACACGUGCGGGGACUGUGGUCGCAGUUUCACACAAAGCAAGAACCUGGCCAAGCACCGGCGAACGCAUACAGGGGCUCGGCCAUUCCGUUGCCCCGAAUGUGGCCGAGGCUUUGCACACAGUGCUGGCUUGAUCAAGCACCAGCGUUUGCGCCACGAUACGGACUCCCCCAUCGGCCACCCGUGUCCAGAAUGUGGACAACGUUUCCGUGCUCCUUCAGAGGUAGAACGCCACCGCGUUGCCCAUCACGGGGUUACCCCAUCAGAGCCCUUCAUCUGCGUGGAAUGCGGAGAAUGUUUCACCAAGAGCACUACCCUUAUUCGCCACAAGCGAGUGCACAAGCCAAUAUUUGUGCGCUGAAGGUUUCUUCCCCUGGUGGGAUGUGAAUUCUAAGUGAUGUCCAGGUUAGCAGCCUGGAAACUGAUGGUAGUUUGGGGUCCAGCGUGACUCUUUGCAACCUGGAUCUCUCUUGGCCAGACCGAGGGCCCUAAGUGAGCCAGUGUACCAAACCAGGGAGCAGCAAGAAGGGGAGGAGGCAGGAAAUUCAGCUCAGAGCUCAGGACUCUGGUCAUUCGUUGGAAGAAAAACUUAGUGCCCAGAUCUUGAUCUGCCUUGUGGGGCAGGAUCAGAAAAUAGUUCGCACUGACCACCUGAGAACUAGCAGGCUCUGCUACUGUAAAUAAAGUGGGGAUAUUUGUUUUUAGUUAGAAGCCAUAGGAAUUUUUGAGGAGAAGGUGGGAGAAGAGAUCUGGUCUUCAAAAUAAGGUUUAUUGGGACUUCAAUGAAAAAAAAUGGAUUAAGGAAGUACCUUUGUUAUUUUACUUUGGAAAGGUAUGGAUGUGAAGUGAAAAAAAAGUGAGGACAGUGAAGAAUAGAGGAAUCGGAGGAUUGAAACCCAUUUUGUGCAAUAAAGUGUUUUGUAUUCCCUAAUCUCA